UUAAACCCUAGCAACUGGCAAUGGGUUCGAGUUUCCUGUUUGAACCUCCCAGUGAUGAAGAGCGCGAUAUCUCUGAACACGACGAUGAAAGCCAUGACGAAGACGUAGAUGAAGAAUCCGAAUCAGAAGAGCUUCAAGGUCGGGUUGAAGAAGAGGAUGACGGUCAUGACGAUGAGGAGAAACCUACCACGAAACGAGUUCGUGACAAGCAGUCUCCGUGGGACUUCGCAGCUUAUUCGAGCUCGGUGGGGGAAGAACACGCACGCCGCCACACCACUUCCCUCGACGAGAAGAUCUCUAAAGUUCGCCAGCAACAUUCACUUCCAAUCCCUGGGGACAACGAAGACGACAGCGCCUCAGAUUCCGAGCCCGACAAACAAGAAGAAUACCGAUCAGACGACGAUGAAACAGGUCGGCCAAACGAAGAAGACGUUAGUGCCAAGCCGUUCUUCGCUCCUGUAGAAGGAGUUUCCUUUCAUGCCAAUUCUUUUAUUGAGUUGAAUCUAUCCCGUCCACUGCUCCGAGCUUGCGAAGCUCUGGGGUAUGCGAAACCUACCCCUAUUCAGGCGGCAUGCAUACCUUUGGCACUUACUGGGCGUGAUAUUUGUGCGAGCGCCAUCACUGGAUCAGGGAAGACUGCGGCGUUUGCAUUGCCUACUUUAGAAAGGCUAUUAUUUCGUCCUAAACGAGUUGCAGCAACCAGAGUUCUUAUUCUUACCCCUACAAGGGAAUUGGCUGUCCAGAUACACAGUAUGAUUCAGAAAAUUGCUCAGUUUACGGAUAUCAAAUGCGGGUUGAUUGUAGGAGGGCUUUCUGUAAAGGAACAAGAGGUAGUUCUGAGGUCAAUGCCAGACAUUGUUGUGGCAACUCCUGGACGCAUGAUAGAUCAUUUGCGGAAUUCUAUGUCAGUACAUUUGGAUGACCUUGCAGUUUUGAUUCUCGACGAAGCAGAUCGUCUCCUCCAGACUGGGUUUGCCACUGAAAUACAGGAGCUGGUUCGCUUAUGCCCCAAGAGAAGGCAAACAAUGCUCUUCUCAGCUACAAUGACUGAAGAAGUUAAAGAACUUGUCAAACUUUCCCUGACAAAACCAUUGCGACUCUCAGCGGACCCAUCAGCAAGAAGGCCUGCGGGAUUGACUGAAGAGGUGAUAAGAAUACGCAGGACUCGUGAGGCGAACCAGGAAGCUGUCCUUCUUUCAUUGUGCACAAGGACUUUUAAAUCCAAAGUUAUAAUCUUCAGUGGAACAAAGCAAGCUGCUCAUAGAUUGAAGAUUUUAUUUGGACUAACUGGUCUCAGAGCAGCUGAGCUUCAUGGAAACCUUACUCAAGCACAACGCCUUGAUUCUUUGGAACUUUUCAGGAAGCAAGAGGUGGAUUUUCUCAUUGCGACCGAUGUGGCUGCUCGAGGGCUUGACAUCAUUGGUGUUCAAACAGUUAUAAACUAUGCAUGUCCACGUGAACUUGACAGCUAUGUUCAUCGGGUAGGUAGGACAGCUAGGGCUGGAAGGGAAGGAUAUGCAGUUACAUUCGUGACUGACAGUGACCGACCCCUUUUGAAAUCCAUAUCAAAAAAGGUUGGUUCAAAGUUGAAAAGCCGAGUCGUCUCUGAGCAAUCAAUCACUAAGUGGUGUCAGAUAAUUGAGCAAAUGGAAGAUCAAGUUUCUGUCGUUCUUCAAGAAGAGAGGGAAGAGAGAGCACUAAGGAAAGCUGAAAUGGAAGCUGCAAAGGCAGAGAAUAUGAUUGCACACAGGGAUGAGAUAUUUUCACGCCCAAAAAGGACUUGGUUCUUGACAGAGAAGGAAAAGAGACUUGUGGCCAAGACUGAGAAGGAAUCUGCUGGGAAAGGUUCGGGAAGCGAGAUGAUGAGUGCAGAGCAAGCAGAGGAACUCAAGAUGAAGGAGAAGAGGAGACGGGAACGCGAGAAAAAUCUGCCAAGGAAAAAGCGUAGAAAGCUGGAAGCAGCAAGAGAGAUGCUAGAGGAGGAGGGAGAAGAAGACGAGGAAGAAGAAGAAGGAGAAGAGCAGCGACCACAAAAGUCAAGAGGAAGGGAUUUGAAGAAGAGCAAGAAGGAGGAGGGAGGAGAGAAGAAGGGAAUAUCGAUGGUAGAAGUUGGAUACAGGAGAGCCAAGGCAGUGAAAGCAAAGAAGAGGGCUUUGGACUCUGGAAAGAUGGAGAGAAGUUCGGGGAAGAAACAGAGCAACAGCAGACCCAGACAGAGGAACCAAUCAAGAACCGAAGAGAUGAAAGAACUGUUCCAAAGCGACAUGAGCGAGAAGAAACAGAACCGAACUGGACCCAAACCUCGUAAGAAAUCCGUCAACUCCUUCAAGAGCAAAUCUCGAUAUAAACGUAGGUAAGGGGAGGGGCCUUAAAGCUAAUGGAGGAGAGAAGCCCGGAAGAAGAGGUUGUUUAUAGAGAUGUGAGGAAUUUAUGAAUGAUAAUAUUAUGCGACCUACUAUACUAUUUACUCCCGUAAUUUAGGAGUGGAAUUUCAAUUCACGAGAAAGCCAAACACUCACUCUGUAUUCUCUAAAGUCUUAAAUUUCCAAUUCUGGGUUCAGACA